AUGGGGCAGCUCUUGACUCCCAAAGUCUACCCGUCCCGCAUGGGUUUUCGAAUCUUUGCCGGAUUCUUCACGCUCGCCUUUUGCUGCGCUGCCUACAUGUUGUGGCACGACUCUCGGAUGUGGGACAGCAGGCCAAAAGGUCAUUUGCCCAUUGCCUUUAACCCCACGCACCCAAUCAAGAAACUCAUGAUUGACGCCCGAGACCUACAUGAGCGCGCCCUCGAAACGAAACGCACAUAUGAUGUCCAGACAACCGCCGCACGCUAUCGGCAGCUGCGUGGGCGACAUCCGCCCCCGGGUUUCGACAAAUGGGUCGAGGCUGCCGUCGCCGCCGACGCCAUCAUGAUUGAGGAAUAUUUUGACAGGAUAUACAAGGACAUUCGCCCGUUUUGGGGUCUCGACGCCACGACGCUGGCUCAGCGAGCGGCGGCAAGCGAGUUCGUCGUCAAGGUGCGUGACGGCAAAGUCAUCCUACAGGGCCUUGACGAGGAUCGUGUGCCUUGGCUGCAGAAAUGGGCCGAAUUGGUUGGAGAAUUCGCCCAACACAUGCCUGAUGUGGACAUGCCCGUAAAUAUGAUGGAUGAGCCUCGGAUCAUCGUGCCGCACGAAGAAAUCGAUGCUCUUCUCCUUGAAGAAUCGCAAAAGCGCAAAGUACAACCGGUCGCGGAAGUGACGACCAAUUAUACCGGACUCAGGCACAUUGACGAGUCCAAGCCCCAAAGGUAUGAGCCUCACUGGCACGGGCCCGACAAUGCGUACUGGGAUCUGGCCGUCAAGGCUUGUGCCCCGGGAACGCCUGCGCAUGGCGUUGCUGCGAUUCGCGACUACACUCCGGCAGCCGAAGUGCCCGACAACUACAAGCCCGCGUACUCGUUCAAGGGCUACGUGCAGAACUGGACUGCCGCCAUUGAUCCAUGCGAGCAGCCCCAUCUGCGCCAGCUCCACGGGUCCUUUGUCGAGCCCAUCAGCAUCUCGUCGACCGAGGAGCUCAUCCCCCUGUUUGGGGGCUGCAAGCUGCCCCUGAACAACGAGAUUGUCAUACCCGGCGCCAUGUACCUGACCGACGAGGUGCGGUACUCUGGCGGCGGCACCCACGGCCCGGACUGGGACCAGAAGCGCGACGGCCUGGUGUGGCGCGGCGUCGACUCGGGCGGCCGCGCGCACGACAACAACUGGUACCACCUGCACCGCCACCGCCUCGUCGAGAUGCUCAACGGCACCACCGUCUCCCGCGUCGAGCAGACCGGCGAGCGCGCCCUCGCCUUUGACCUGCCGCCCGCCGACCUCUACCCAAACAGCCAGCGCCGCGCCCAGGGCCAGCUCGGCGCCUGGCUCUCGCACCUCGCCGACGUCGGCUUCACCUCGCUCUGCUGGCCCGACGGCUGCGACUUCUUGCGGCCCUUUUUGCGCGAAUCGCCCCCCAUUGACAUGAAGCACCAGUACGCCUUCAAGUUUCUGCUCGACGUCGACGGCAACUCGUUUAGCGCCCGCUUCCGCUCCUUCUUGCUGUCCACGAGCCUGCCGCUCAAGGCCAGCGUCUACGCCGAGUGGCACGACGACCGCCUCGCGCCCUGGGUGCACUUUGUGCCCCUCGACAAUACGCUGCAGGACCUGUACCCCACGCUCGAGUUCUUUGCCGACGGCACCGGGCCCGGCGACGCCGCGGCGCGGUACAUUGCCGAGGAGGGCAAGAAGUGGGCGGAACAGGUUCUCCGCAGAGAGGACAUGCGCCUCUACGUCUGGCGACUUCUUCUUGAGUGGGCGCGCGUCUGCGACGAGAAACGCGACACGCUUGGCUAUGUCGAUGACAUCAUGGUAUAA